UUGCAUCUGUAACCGUCUGCCACCCCUGCUGCGAUCUGUCGGGUUUACAGUGUAAGCGCCUCAGGGCUGUGGCUUGCCAAGGCAUUUGUAACAUGACACACACACCGGGCCUGCAGGAACAAACGCUGGGGGAAUGGCGGCGGAGGCCGAGGGCGAGGAGCCAGCGGGGCUGCUGGGGCAGAGCAUCCGCCCCACGCGCCUGCCCCUCCUGCCUCACACAGGCUGAGGCCACUGGCUUGCGGGGUGGCCCCGUUACCCCAGAGAAGCGCGGCUGCCCCUGCGGCUCCAGGAACGCGUGACUGAGGCGGGGAUCAGCUCCCACACCAAGGUCGAUUGGUGGGGCCUCGCAAGCCGGACUCGGCCGCUACCCCCGACAGCCAGGGAGAAACUCCCGGAAAGCGGCCGCUGACAAGCCGGGUUCCAGCAGCACAGCACAGCCCCUCCCUGCCGCUGGGCCCGGGCUGCAGUCUCCUUGCUAGCGUGACAAGCGCUGGCAUCGGUGCAGGAGGACACGGCCAGGGGCUCCGACCUAAGUCCUGCCGUUCCCUCGGCUCGCCACCUCCCCCCGCCCCCAGCGGUUCGCUCACUUUGUGGGCGGGGCGGGCUCGGAAGCCGCUGGCAAGCUGCCGCGCUCAGAUCGGAUUCGGGCUGAGCCCCGCCUCCUCGCUAUGAUUGGUCGUGGCGCCAGAGGCUCUUUUCUUGCCCCCCCACCCCAGAUCUCCUGGGUGACAGGGACGCUGUUAGCGGGAGUGGCAGCGCAUGCGUACAUGAAAUAUUGACUCGGGUGUCCCGGGCGAAAAGAUGAAGCGAGUAUUUACUCUAUUAGAAAAGGCUUUGCUUGGUUCCCCUGUGCAGUUCAUCUGGCAGAAAACUUUAGGAAACUUCCUUGCUGUGACAGGAGCUGAUCACACUGUAAAAAUCUUUGAUCGUCAUGGUCAGAAGAGAAAUGAAAUUAACUUACCAAGCAACUGUGUUGCUAUGGACUGGGAUAAAGAUGGGGACACCUUAGCCAUAAUUGCUGACAAAUCUAGUACCAUUUAUCUGUGGGAUGCCAACACAAACAAAACAAGCCAGGUGGACGGUGGCAUGAGAGACCCAAUGUCUUUCUUGCUUUGGUCCAAAGUUGGAGCCUUACUUGCUGUUGGAACAACUAAGGGAAACUUGCUUAUUUAUAAUCGACAGACUUCUCGCAAGAUUCCUGUCCUUGGUAAACACACCAAGCGGAUCACUUGUGGUUGCUGGAGUACUGAAAAUCUGCUGGCACUAGGUAGUGAAGACAAAAUGAUAACUAUUAGCAAUCAGGAAGGAGAUACUAUAAGACAGACUUCAGUGAGAUCGGAUCCCAGUGAUAUGCAGUUCUCAGUGAUGAAGACUGAUGAAAGAAUAUCAACCAGGGAAAGCACAGUAAGCGUGGUGGUUGGCAAGAAAACAUUGUUUCUUUUUAAUCUGAAUGAUCCUGAUAACCCAAUUGAUCUGGAAUUCCAGCAACGCUAUGGCAACAUUGUAACCUAUAGAUGGUAUGGUGAUGGCUACAUCAUGAUUGGCUUCUCACGUGGGUGCUUUGUUGUUAUUUCUACACACAUUCGUGAGAUUGGUCAAGAGAUUUUUCAAGCUCGCAAUCAUAAGGAUAACCUAACCAGCAUUGCAAUAUCACAAUCACUAAACAAAGCUGCAUCAUGUGGAGAUAACUGCAUUAAGAUUCAUGACCUGUCAGAACUGAAAGAAAUGUAUGCUAUAAUAAACCUGGAUGAUGAAAAUAAAGGUCUAGAUCACCUGGCUUGGACAGAUGAUGGGCAGUUGUUGGCAGUGUCUACACAAAGAGGCUCACUCCACGUCUUCUUGACAAAGCUUCCAAUCCUUGGAGAUGCUUGUGGUACACGGAUUGCGUACCUCACUUCUCUUCUUGAAGUUACUGUGGCCAAUCAUGUUGAAGCAGAGCUACCAAUCACAGUUUCUGUUGAAGUGGAGCCAAACUUUGUUGCAGUAGGUCUUUAUCAUUUGGCUGUAGGAAUGAAUAAUCGUGCUUGGUUUUAUGUACUUGGAGAGAAUAGUGUAAAAAAGCUUAAAGACAUGGAGUAUCUGGGGACAGUAACCAGUAUAUAUCUUAAUUCUGACUAUGCUGCUGCACUCUUUGAGGGUAAAGUCCAGUUGCAUAUGAUAGAAGGUGAAGGUUUGGAUGCUCAGGAAGAACGAGAGACUCGACUUUUCCCAGCGGUGGAUGAUAAAUGUCGAAUCUUGUGCCAUGCUCUUACUGGUGAUUUCCUCAUCUAUGGUACAGAUACAGGUGUUAUUCACUAUUUCUACAUUGAAGACUGGCAAUACGUGAAUGAAUAUCGGCAUCCUGUCAGUGUGAGAAAAAUCUAUCCAGACCCCAAUGGAACCAGAUUGGUUUUCAUUGAUGACAAAAGUGAUGGCUUUGUGUAUUGCCCAGUAAAUGAUGGUGUUCAUGAGAUCCCAAAUUUUCCACCAACCAUUAAAGGCAUUCUGUGGGAAAAUUGGCCAAUAGAUAAAGGUGUAUUUGCUGCUUACGAUGAUGAUAAAGUAUAUACUUAUGUCUUCCAUAAGGAUACCAUACAAGGGUCCAAAGUUAUUUUGGCAGGUGGCACCAAGGUUCCCUUUUCCCACAAACCAUUGCUUUUGUAUAAUGGAGAAUUAACCUGUCAGACUCAGAGUGGGAAAACAAACAAUAUCUAUCUUAGUACUCAUAGUUUCCUUGGCAUUUUGAAAGACACCGGAUUUAAUGAGCUGAAACAAAUACUUACUCAGACUUUAAUGCUGAAAAGGUUUUCUGAAGCAUGGGAGAUAUGCAAACUUCUGAAUGGUCAAUCUGGUUGGAAUGAGCUGGCCAGAGCUUGCCUACAUCACAUGGAAUUGGAGUUUGCAAUACGUGUUUAUCGGACAGUUGGAAAUGUUGGGAUGGUGAUGUCACUAGAACAAAUAAAGGGAAUAGAAGACCACAACCUUUUAGCCGGACAUCUUGCCAUGUUUACUAAUGACUUUAAUCUGGCUCAGGAUUUAUAUCUGGCAUCCACCUGUCCUGUUGCUGCACUUGAGAUGAGAAGAGAUUUGCAGCACUGGGACAGCGCACUGCAACUGGCUAAACGUUUGGCCCCAGGCCAGAUCCCGUUCAUAUCAAAGGAGUAUGCUAUGCAGCUUGAAUUCACGGGUGAUUAUGUGAAUGCUUUGGCGCACUAUGAGAAGGGAAUCACAAAGGACAAUAAGUACCAGGAACAUGAUGAAGCUUGCCUAGCUGGAGUGGCUCAGAUGUCCAUUCGAAUGGGAGACAUUCGUCGAGGGGUUAACCAAGCCAUUAAACAUCCUAGCAGGCUGCUAAAGAGAGACUGUGGAGCCAUUCUGGAGAGUAUGAAGCAGUUUUCAGAAGCCGCCCAGCUAUAUGAAAAAGGGCAAUAUUACGACAAGGCAGCAUCAGUAUAUAUCCGCUGUAAAAACUGGGCAAAGGUGGGUGAGCUUCUCCCUUGUGUAUCAUCUCCAAAGAUUCACCUGCAGUAUGCCAAGGCAAAAGAAGCAGAUGGCAGAUAUAAGGAAGCGGUUGUGGCUUAUGAGAAUGCCAAACAAUGGGACAAUGUAAUCCGGCUAUAUUUGGAUCAUCUUAACAAUCCUGAAAAAGCUGUUAGUAUUGUCAGGGAAACACAGUCUCUCGAUGGAGCCAAGAUGGUAGCCAGAUUCUUUCUGCAGUUGGGUGACUAUGGUUCUGCCAUCCAGUUUUUGGUCAUGUCUAAGUGUAAUAAUGAAGCUUUCACACUGGCCCAGCAGCACAAUAAGAUGGAGAUUUAUGCGGACAUCAUUGGUUCUGAGAAUACUACCAAUGAAGAUUAUCAGAGUAUUGCACUAUACUUUGAAGGAGAAAAAAAACAUUUUCAGGCGGGCAAGUUCUUUUUGCUGUGCGGUCAGUAUGCCCGGGCACUAAAACACUUUCUGAAAAGUCCAACCACAGAAGAUAACAUGGCUAUAGAAAUGGCUAUUGAAACAGUGGGACAGGCAAAAGAUGAAGCACUAACCAAUCAGCUGAUAGACUACCUUAUGGGGGAGAGUGAUGGCAUGCCCAAGGACGCCAAGUAUCUGUUCCGCUUGUACAUGGCACUAAAGCAAUACAGAGAAGCUGCCCGAACUGCCAUAAUAAUUGCCAGGGAGGAGCAGUCUGCAGGAAACUACCGAAAUGCACAUGAUGUUCUUUUUAGUAUGUAUUCAGAACUCAAAACCCAGAAAAUUAAAAUUCCUUCUGAGAUGGCUACAAAUCUUAUGAUUCUACACAGCUAUAUUUUAGUAAAGACUCAUGUUAAACGUGGAGAUCACAUGAAGGGUGCACGCAUGCUUAUUCGUGUAGCCAACAACAUCAGCAAGUUCCCAUCACACAUUGUCCCAAUCCUGACGUCAACAGUGAUUGAGUGUCAUAGAGCAGGAUUGAAAAACUCAGCUUUCAGUUUUGCUGCUAUGUUGAUGAGACCGGAGUACCGCAAUAAAAUAGAUCUUAAAUACAAAAAGAAGAUUGAAGCAAUGGUCAGACGACCAGACACAUCUGAGGCAGAAGAGCCAACUACACCAUGCCCAUACUGUGAAUUCCUGCUCCCAGAGUGUGAACUCCUCUGCGCUGGAUGUAAAAACAAUCUCCCAUAUUGCAUUGCAACUGGUCGGCAUAUGGUAAAAAAUGACUGGACAGCCUGUCCAAAUUGUGACUUCCCUGCCCUGCACUCUGAGUUCAAAAACAUGUUGCAGAGUGAAAAUAUAUGUCCAAUGUGUUCAGAAGGAGUUAGCAUUGUCCAUCUUAAGAAGAUAGCUGACUGCACACCAUAUCUCAACCCAGAAGAAAUGGAACAGUGAAUUUAUUCAAGGCCAGAGUUCUGGCAAAUUCUUCAUCCUCAUGCAGCUGUCUCUCUAGCUGUGAAGAAAAAAAGAAUAUCCAGGUUUUGUCAACAGAAUUAAACUAAAGAUGGGUUGUAUAAAAUGCCACUGCCUGUUGUUCAAGAUCAAAAGUUCACUGACCACAUGGACUAUGACAAUAUGCAGUUUUAAUCAAAUACCCCACCAAGAGGGAAUCCUGCUGCAUUGGAUUUCCACAAAAUGCUACAAAAUUACUUGUUUUCCCCAAGUGCAGCGACAGUAUUCAACUCAGUGAAAGGAUAUUUGAAAUGCAACAAACCCCACUAUACAAAGAGACGAGCUACCUAGAUAUAGAGGAAUAGAAUUGUCCAAUCCCAUUAACAACAAAACUUGCUGUCUCUUCGAAUACUUUUAUUAUGGAACAACCUUGUUAAUGCAUUACACAACUAAAAUCUGAAAGGAAGUCAGGAUCUCACUACUCACAACCUGUUACUGGGGAGCUCCCUGCUGAUUUCAGAGAUCCUCUUUCAGAAUUGGUGUCAGAAACAAAGCCUGUUCUGUAUUAGCACAUCCCCACAAUGAAAUGGUCAUCUUAACGCCAGUUUUCUUAUUUCAAGAGAGCAGAUUUUUACAAAUAUAGCCCGACCCUUGCCUGGCUCUUGCUUUCAAUGCAUUUUAGCAACUGUCUGACAUAUUAGACAGAUGCAAGUCCAGCUGAAAAAUAUAAAUAGCAAUUUCAACAAAAUGGAUUUCCUCCAGUAAAAAAAAAAAAAGUCCAGGUCCACACAUUUCCUCAGAUUCCAUUUGCAAUUACUUAUUAUCUUGUGCCAAAUCAAAACAAAACCUAGUUAGGAACAAAUGAAGAAAAACCUAAUGCAACAUCUACAACAGUGACAGGCAUCCUCGUUACCAUAUUAUCAUUUAAUAUUGUGCCUUAGGGCAAAAAUUUGUUCUUCCUGACUAAGGUGUUUAUUGAUAAUGGCUGUAUUCCACAUUACAAAUCAAAUCCUUUUACAACAGCAAGUAAACUGUCCUAAUGCAAGAUCAAACAUGCCCUUCCUGCCUGAUUCAAAUAGAUGACUUCAUAAGUCCAAGUAUACCACAGGGACUAUUUUCUACGUAACUAUAACACCGGUAGUACUCUGAAGCUGAUGAAUGGCAUCUAUCUUCCCUGCUUCCAGCAGAAAGAAGAAAAAAAAAAAGAGACAACAGUAUCAUCAAUGUAAAUAAGACAUUUAAGGCAAAGAUACACAAAUUGUAUCAGCUGAGCAUCUCUGUCUUGUGUAAGGGAGUGGUGGUGCUAGAAGUAUUAGGAAUUUAAAGAAAAUGUGCGUGGUUUUUCCUAAAACAGACUAUUUAUUUCAUAUCAAAAGUUAACCCUAUUAGAAUAUUAGUUUCUGGCAAGGUCAAAGAGGAUAUAUUCUUUUUAAAUGUAUCUAAAUUAUAAACAUUUACUUCACAUGAUGCUUAUGUAUUACACAUUUCCAGCCAAUCUUCCCUUCAAAGAAGAAAACACACACACAUUUUGACAGGUAUGCGUUCCCCCAAUAUAAACAGAUUCAUCUGGCGUUUAUAAAGUUAAAUACAGUACCCAGGUGUAAUAAUGCUAUAGAUUUCCAGGAGCGCAUGGAGAUCAAGAGAUCAAAUGAAAUGGUCAUGGUGGCAGUGAUCUCUUUUGAGAUGGAGUAUGCAUUAGAGAGAGAGAGAGAGAGAGAGAUAAGGGAGUGGGAAUGAAGAUCAGAUUUGAAAGGGAGGGGUGAAUAGCAACAGAUAAAGGGUGUGGGGGAGGGAUGUAGGGAGGCAGAGAUUAGGGUAGAUAUGGCUACAUUCACAAUACUAAAAUAAUAUGCACAAAAUAACCUCGCAUAUAUGAACUUUAUUAUUGAAAUAUAUUUUUUAAGACUACAUAAAAUCGGUUUUCCCUUUCCAAGCCACUACAGCAGCAAAUUCACGGAAUUGCUCAACACAAAACACAACCCAGCUAUUUUGUUGUCAAGCAAAGGCUUUUAAAGAGGAUUCAUCAAUUUGGGGGGCAGAGA